UGUGUGAAGUGAUUUUGUUGUGCUUGUUUGUGUGUGUGUGUGAUAUUGACGGCGCACUGCUAUUAUACAUAGUAGUUGUAGUCUAUUGAGCGAUUAAAACUCGUGUCCCUGCUGCAUUGAGUCAUUUCAUACAACUCCAUUUCCCACAAUUCCUAAGUAAUGCGCCCAUAAUUUCUACGCAGCUGCUAGUUGAGCGUGUUGACGGGAAAAAUUAAGCAGUAUUUUCAAGUCAUCCACGAAAACCCCAAACGAGCCUGUGAGGAAGAAAUGACAGAAGCAACUUUACCAAAUGAAAGUAAGGGAGAAACAAAAAAGAACAUGUAUAGAUACAACACCAAGUGGAAAAAGGAUUUUCCUUGGUUAAUUUUCGAUGCAGACCAACAGCUCUUGUUUUGUAGCUGGUGCAAGGAGGCUCCAGAAAAGAUUAAAGUAGACAACCCCUUUGUGAUGGGUAACAGCAUUUUUAAAAAGGAUAACAUAAAAAACACAGCACUUCCCAGCGUCAUCUGCUUGCAAGAGAUGCAUUCAUGGCCAAACAACAACCUGAGCGGGCUGGCACGCUGCGGCACACCCUCAGAUCCCAGGCAGCCAAAGCAGAUGAUGCUGCUUUCCGUGAAGUUAAAAUGAAAAUGAAUGUGGCGUAUUGCAUCGCUAAAGAAGAACUUCCUUUCACAAAGUUUAAACCGUUGAUUUUGUUCUGCAAAAAGAAUGGAGCGGAUAUAACGCCAUCUUAUGAUAACCACGUAUGAUGUAGAGAGAUAAUUUCUAUGAUAGUUGAUGAAAUGAAAUCCGAUCUGGCGGAUGAAAUUAGAGCAAGCCGCUACCUUUCUGUGAUGAUCGACUGGGACACGGACGCAUCGAACAAGGAAUGCGAAAUGGUCUAUGUUCGAAUCCUUCAGAAUGGAAAGCCAGCAAACAAGCUGGUCGGGCAACAGGAACUAAAAUACAGCCAUGCAUUAGGUGAGUAUAGGUUACUAUUAGGGUGUUUUUCAAUAAUGAGACAAUAAUUCAAACAAUUUAUGCAGAGUUCCUUGUACUUUUGAUUAAUUUAAGUUAUCUAUGUCAUUUAAGGAGUUCUACAAGCCACCAAGACUGCUUUUGAGCAGCUAGGACAGGAGACAGAUUGAAUAAACAAGCUAGUAGGCUUUGGAGCGGAUGGAGCUGCAGUGAAUAUGGGAUGACGUGGAGGUGUCACUGCCCUGCUUAAAGAAGAGGUCGGGAAGCAUGCAGUUCCAUUCCACUGCAUGCAUCACAGAUUGGAAUUGGCUAUGCUGACUGUCCAAAAAAAGGAGCCCAUGGUAGCUAAACUUUAUGACCUCCUCUUCUUGCUAUGGAAAACAUUCCACUAUAGCCCAAAGUCUCUGAGGGAGCUGCAGGCAUUGGGCAAAAUGCUGGGUGUUAACAUCAGUAACCCUUUCAAUGUCAAAGGCACACGUUGGAUUCCUCAUGUUGAGCGUGCAUUACAUGCACUUCUCAAAUCGGCUGGACAGAAUGAACAGGACAGCAGCCAGUAUGCUGCAACCCUACAACACAUGAGCAGCCUGUCUGCAUCUUCUCCCUCUGCUGAAAUGAAAGGCAGAGCUAAGAAGAUCAAGUGUGAGAUGGAGCGUGUAGAGUUCUGCGCCUUUUGCCACUUUAUGGCUGAUGUAUUUGCAGAAAUAGGGAGCCUUAGCCGUAUCCUACAGGGAAAUGACUUGAUCUUACCCAAGGCCUCUGCUGAGCUACAGAGAACAGUGUCUGAAUUGGAAGAAAUUAAGUUGAGGCCUAUACCAGGAGGGAUGUUAGAGAAUUUUCUUAGCAUACAGCGUGAGGGAGGGACUGUUACUUUUCAGAGUGUGGAGCUGAAAGGGCAAAUUCCCUUGACUGGUGAUGCAUUCAGCAGUCUCCAUGUGACAGCAACUGUUGACAUUGCAGUGGAAGAAAUAAGAUCAUGCUUCAGUUGUUUGCUGAAUCAGUCAGGGGAAGUUGAAGUUGAAUGCUUCAGAAUAUUCAACCAUGAUGCAUGGCCAGAGAGUCAAGCUGCAUUACUGGACUAUGGCAGGGCAGCGGUUCAGUCUCUUCUCCAACAUUUUGACAAGCUUCUUAGAAAGUGAGGGCAGAUAAGUGGUUAGGUGAUAUGUGUUUUAUGAAUCUAUCAAAGAAGAUUCAGUGUUUUAAUUUUACCAAGUUUCUGAUGUCUAAAUGUCCCCACACCAUAUUUUUUUUGAAGCCCCUAAUCAGGACCACCUUUGCAGACAGGUCAUACCUAGGGCUGUGGCAGACACUUCUUACCAAGGAGCCAUAUUGCUCAGACUUUAAGAACUUUCUGCACUUGACUGAAAAACUUGUGAUUGGCUUGUGAUGCCAAUCUCGUCCACUCAGUGUGAGCGAGGAUUUUCAGACCAGAAUCGAAUAAAGAACACUACCCUCUAUGUCUCCACUGCUGAGGACUUAAUCCGUAUCAGUGCAGAAGGCUGACCAUUGGAGGAAUUCAAUCCAAAUCGGAUAGCAGCUAAAUGGAUUACCUCUUCUAAAAGGGCCAGGAGACCAAAUACAAAAGAGUGGCCAGCAGACAUGCUAGAUCUGUGACACAUACACUCUGCACUAAACUAAAAAAAAGAUGCAACUGUUGAUAGUAUUAUUCUCAAAGGAGUUUCAUGGUAUAGGUUUGUUUGCUAGUUUGCAAAUUUAGUGUUUUAUUUAGAGCUUUUAUUUAGUGAUGUCUGCCCACAGAUCUAUUCUUACUUUGAUGUGUAAUGUUGAGGUGUAAGUGGUG